AUGACGAGGGAGACCAACCGGUAUGUGGAGCAGAGGCCGGUCACCCCAUCUUCACACAUGAAGACUUGGGAGAAUACGACUGUGGAGGAGCUGCAGUCAUUCAUUGGCCUCCGCCUGCUCAUGGGCCUGCAGCCGCGACCGCAUUCGCGGUAUUAUUGGUCGAAGAACCGGUUGCUUUCCUCGUCUGUGUUCCCUGAAACGAUGACCAGGGAUAGAUUUGAUUUACUGCAAAGUCGGCUUCACUUCUCGGACAACGAGGACCCCCGUGCCGACACCGACCGUCUGUGGAAGCUGCGACCGGUGUUGGAUAUCCUCGAUACGACGUUCAAGACGGUCUAUAUCCCUGACAGGAAAAUCGUGGUUGAUGAGUCGCUGUGGGCGUUCAGGGGACGUCACCACGCGAUUCAAUUCAACCCGACGAAGAGGCGCGGUUCGGGAUGA